CGGGUGGUGCUCACGGGAAUACUUUCAGCCGGUGAAGUGUGAAGUGCAUGUUCUGAUCAGAGUAUCAUUGAGAUUCCAGUCUUGGAAUGAAGUCGUUUGUUUUGUUGUCCGCCGUCGCCGCCGUGUCGUUCGGUACUCACUCGGCUUACUUGCCUGGGCAUCUCCUCGGGCAUCAUAACGGGCUUGUUCACGGACGAGCUUAUGCCCACGCACCCUCCCACGGUCACGUCCAGACAGCGAACCUCGUGCAGACCGUCCAUCACGGAGCUUCAAUCAAUCACGGAAGUGGAUACGGCGCUCCAAGCGGGGACCUCCUUGGACUGCACAGUUUCGGUUACGACGGACUAUCAUUGGCCCACACCGUAGAUCACGGAGGUUUCCUUCCCAGCUACGCGAGCCAUAACCUUGGAUACCAACUCGAUUACGGCCUACCUCAGAGAUCUAAACUCUACGGGGGCUACGUGGGCGGUUUCGGAGGAUACGCCAAAGGAGCUCUGGAAAGCAUCCAGCACCUCAAUCACGGUGGACUAAAGCUGCAAGCUCCCCUGCUCAGCUACGGAGGCCACAGGAUUGCCGCUCCCGUUGACUUUGGUCACGCCGCUCACGCUUCAGUUUCCCAUGCUCCUCUGUCACACUACGGGGGUCAACUCGGUGUGAGCGGGAUCGGAGGCACUCAUUACGGACUGGAAUACAAGAAGGCCAAGGCCUAAGUUGCUCGCAACGACCGGUUCGAGUUCUCUGAACAAUCAGAUACCUGAAAUGAAGUUCAUCGCGUAACUGUACAAUCCACAGCUGGACGGACAACGCUUAAAAUCUUGUGUGCAGGCCUACAUGAGUGCCAAACGAGUUCCUCUGACGGGGUCUGUGACGUUGUGGGAAACUACGACGGUCAUCCCUGUUCUUCUCUCGAGGAGAGUUCCGCCAAGAAGACGAUGUAUAUAAAUACGAAGACGACUUUUGUAGACAUGUGGGAUACUUUUUGAAUAAAUAUGGAGAGGAAA